AUGGUUAGUCUUCAUGAGUACUCCUUCGAAACGGUGGUUCUUCACGUCCUAAAGAAGCGCAUUCCGAAGUUCACUCAAGGUCAGUUGUCCGACUGGAUGGACGAAGUGCGUAGUGCCACUAGAUGGCAGGCUCUACUGCACUUAGCAUUGCGUUCCGAGACCAAUUUGACUCUUCUCAAACGCCUCGACCUCGUCGCUCGCACCAGCGAAUUCGCUCGUGUCUUUGGAAUCGAGUUCUUCCAUGUUCUUUCUCGUGGCUCCCAGUACCGGGUAGAGUCGCUGCUAUUACGCAUUGCACGUCGUCUCAAUUUCCUCUUGCCCUCGCCGAGUCCUCCUCAACGGGCCCAUCAAAGAGCGCCCCAGGCCAUUCCUCUCACCUUGGAGCCGUAUAGUGGCCUCCAUGUCGACGCACCGGUCUUGGUGCUGGACUUUCAGUCCCUUUACCCCUCCGUUGCCAUCGCACACAACUAUUGCUUCUCCACAGCACUAGGUCGUCUACACGUUCUUCAGCCUCACGAGGCAUUCGAAUUUGGCUGUCUUACUCAUUCCAUCUCGGCGGAAACGCUGAAGAAACUUGCCAAUAAGGUAACGGUAUCGCCUAAUGGGGUGGUUUUUGUGAGGCCAGAAGUCUAUCGUGGCGUUCUGCCUCGACUUUGGCGAGUCCUGCUCUCCUCUCGACUGAUGGUGAAGGACUCACUUAAAAUAUACGCCGAACGCUCAGAGUCCUUGAGGCAACUACUGGACGCACGUCAGCUGGGCUUGAAACUCAUUGCAAACGUGAUGUACGGUUAUACCGCAGCCAGCUUCUCUGGUCGGAUGCCAUGUGUGGAGGUCGGUGACAGCAUCGUACAUAAGGGGAGAGAGUGCCUGGAGCGUGCAAUUCGAUUAGUCGAAGAUGGAAACGAUUGUCAAAUGCCCUGGGCGGGAUCAAAGGUCAUCUACGGUGACACUGACAGUCUCUUCAUUAAAUUGCCGCCUUUUGUUGACAAAGAAACCGCUUUUAAACUGGGCCAGCAGAUUGCUGACGCGGUCACUGCGUCCAAUCCCGCACCGAUCAAGUUGAAGUUGGAAAAGGUGUACUAUCCAUGCCUACUGGAAACUAAGAAACGCUAUGUUGGUUAUGCCUACGAAUCACCAAGUCAAACCGAACCUAAGUUCGACGCCAAAGGCAUUGAAACAGUGCGCCGCGAUCACGCACCCUUUGUUGGGACGAUUUUGGAAUCAGCGAUUCGCCAAAUCUUUGACGCCUUUCAAUGGAGCAGUAUCCCUUCAGAUGUGUUGCCAAAAGUGGAGCCCAAAGUUCGAAGAUGUGUACGAGCGCUGGCGCGCGAUUUGAGCGCCGGGAAGGUGCCUCUGUCGGCCUGCCUCCUGACCCGUCCCUACCGUGGUUCCGAGGCUUAUCGACCUGGCGCUUGUGCACCCGCCCUUCAGGUUACCAGGUUUGCUUUCCUAUUUCCCUUCCUCUGUCUGUCUUCCUAUAAAUUGGAAACUUGUUUUGGUGAGUACACCUACCUAUUCCAUAACCUCUACAGACGUCUAAAGUCCGUUGACCCGGCUAGAGAGCCCAGUGUCGGUGAACGCGUUGCCUACUACCUCGCCUCACCGACCGCACCAAACUCUCCGCUGAUUGCUUGCGUCAAAGCCGUAGAGGAAGCCCAACAUUACAACAUGCAGCCACCUCUCCAUCUCGCUUUUUACAUCGACCACCAGCUUCUUCCGCCCCUUCGUCGAGUUGGUGACCUACUUGGCUGGCAUGUUGACUCAUGGUUGUCAGAUAUUCCACGGUGCGUGGUUCGUUUCAAGGAAAUUGAGAAAGUGGAGGACUUAGUCCAGCAUGAAUCUCCAGGUUCUCGACGCAGACCUAGACGAUGGGUUGGUCAACAGGGAGCAUCUGCCAUACUGCACGAGUUUCUGAGCGUCCGAAGUUGCUGCGUUGCGUGUGGUAACGAAGCGGCAAAUCACUCGCUUUGCUGUGAAUCAUGCUUGUCUCUGGAUCCACUUAUCUCUACGAAAGUACUUGUACGACAUGGUAUCGAGCUGAAAACGGUCCAAGCAAACUUGCGACGAUCCAUGGACUUGUGUGAUGCCUGUGUAGCAGUUCCCAACUGCAGCAAAUGGCGGCGGCCAUGUGGAAUACCUUCCACACCCUCGCCGUCGCAGGCCUGCGUCAACAUCAACUGUCCCAAUCUCCAGUUUCGUCAGGAAUUGCUUCUCCGCCUCCGACGGUUGCAACGUGUCAUCAGUGAUCGAGUGCAAUAA